CUCGCCGAUUGAGGCGAACCGAGCGUGAAGGGCUGGCGGUGGCGAUGGCUAGAGACGGCGUCGUGGGCACGGUGACGUCGAUGCGCGAGCACAAACAAGUGGCAGGUCCGAGACACGAUGGAGGCGGUAUUGUGCUGGAGAGCGACGUGGUGAUGCCAGAACCAACGGCGGAGUUCCGACGGGCCUUGGGUUGGAGUGCGACGGCAGCACGGUCUCUGGGUGAGCUCAGAGCCGUUGAGGAGGCGUUGAAGGACGUUUACGCGACCCGCGCGGUGGCGGAGGCUAGGCGACAAGAAGAACUGGCUGCGGGUGGCGUGGUUGGCGAUAACGACGUGAGAACCGGGGAGGCACAACCGUUAGUACUGGCCGCCACCGGGCUCGACGCCAUCGGAGAAAGCGACUGGACGAGGGCGUACGAGGCGCCGUUGCAGCGGUCGAGGACACGACGGAGAUAUGAGAAGCGCGUACGGAAGGCGCUCGCGAAAGCGAGACGUGCACUGCGAGCACGGCUAGCGGCGGGGACGUACCCCGACGGUGCGUACGACGAAUAG